AUGACUAUAAAGAUCAUGCCAUUGAUAGAAAAACACGGCCCCAUAACAAUUCACGUAUCUGGAGUUGAAUGCAUGACCGAUGAUCACAAAAAAGCAAACGUCAUAUAUGCGAAUGCUAAAAUUGUGGAAGAAAGUGAAGAAUGGAAUCUCCAGAAAAUUGUCAACGACCUGUCGGACUUUUUCUACGAGAAAGAUAUCAAGAAAGCGUCAAAUUGCACAUGA